AUGAAUUGUAUAUUUUCUUUUUUUUUNCAUACAUUACGUUCACCAUUAUCAAUAAAAUUAAUUGAAACUAAAGCUAAUCAUUAUUUUUGUGUUUCAUAUCGUUGGUUAAUUGAUUAUAUUAAAUAUGAUCGAAUUGUUGAUAAAGGUGCAUUUGAAAUUGAAGGUGAUGAUACAGAUUAUCAGUCUCAAGGUGGUCCACAAUGUUCACGUUCAAUUGAUAAACGUCAGUCACUUUUUGAAUAUAUAUGUUUUAUUAUUAAAUGUACGGAAAAUAAUGAUAUUAAAAUGACAAAUGUACGUUUACAAGGUUUAAUCACAACAGGUGAUGAACGAAUAAUAACAUGCGUGACACAAGGAAUUUACUUGAUCAAUUUGAAAUUGUUGUUCUCUGUGAUAAAUUAUGUAUCAGAACGACGUCAUAAUUAUGAUGAAUGUCGUUCAUUAGGUAUAUAUUUUGUUUCAUCCGAUUUUCGUUAUAUGAAGAAACUCCAUUAUAAUUGA